AUGGAGCAACUCGCGCCUAUCCGAAGCAGUAGGAGCAGCCACAAAGGUCACUUGGAUGAGUCAACGCAUGUGGUAGAAACACAUGGAGAUUUCUGUUAUAAUAAUGUAUCAUUCCCAGCACUUGGACCGACUCUAGAGAAGGCGGUAACUCUUUCCUCUGUCAUGGGCAAAUGUUAUCCCAAGUGCAUGAAUUUAGAAGAAGACGAGCUAUUGCAGCCAGGAAAUGAGACUCAGAAGAGCGAGACGAAGUCAUUUCUAGUCGAUGAGGUGGAGCUAAUGAGGACAUUUGACUUGGAGGAGUUGGGACUGGCCACGGCUUUGCAGGCCUCACAGCAACAGGCAAAGAGUAUUGUGGUUGAUUAUGAAGACAGUGAUGGAGAUCGCGUGGGGCUCCAAGAUCAGGCGGCGGCCACGUGUGUCCUUAGUGCCUGUGGCCCGCUGAUAGACAGCGUGGUGUCUACUGACUCGAGCAAUGAACGUCUUGCACGUCGUCGCUCUCGCUGCGGUAGCUUGGAGAUGCUCAGUUUAAAGGGGAAGAGCGUGAUCUUCCAGCAGAACAUUCCCAGCUUGUCCAACAUAGAUACAGAUGAGGAGAUGCGCUGCUCUAAGGUACACAAACUCUGCAUGUGUGAAGUAAAGUUGCACCGCUCACUCGAGUCAUGCUGGCUCAUGUCCAGCGGCCAAGUGUACGACGUCACGGGGCUCAUCACAGUUCACCCGGGAGGUAUCCGCUCGAUUCUUCGCAAGGCUGGCGGCCCAGACUGUGCUCGGGACAUGAAGUUUCACACUAAGAAAGCUCGUAAGAUGAUGGAAAAGUGUUUCAUCGGCAAGCUUGAACAAUGCGGCGACAAUGUGGACUGCGUCAGUGAAGGCAACUGCAGCGUCAUGUAG